GACAGGAAGACUUGUCAAUCCCUCCCAAUACAUGAUCGCAGCUUCUACAAAGUAGUUCCACUGCGCGCUGUCAGGGACAGUGGCCACGGGAGACAUCAACUCAAGACACUUUCACAACUGAGACAACUGCAACAAUCCAACAUUUAAAAACCCACCCGGGCGUCUCACCUCCGCCCUCCAUGCUCCUCCGAUCCGGCGGGUUUUAAGAUCCAUGGAAGUGGCCGGAUUCUACGACGAGGGCGGCUUUGCUAUCCACGGUAGAGACGGCAUCAUCGGUUCCGUCACCGGCGGCGCGCACUGGAGGGUCGGCGACUCGAUGACGGAGCUGGGCAUCGAAGAGCGGGAGAGAGCGAUCGACUUCAGCGUUUACCUGGAUUCGGCUUUGCACUGUCCGCAACAGGCGGCGCAGACGCACCACCACCAGCAGCAGCAGCAGCACCACCACCACCACCAGCAACCCCACCAGCAGCAGCAGCAGCAGGGGGACGCUUUCUCCGAGUUCCUGGCGGAGAGCAAGCUCAAAAGAGUCGCGGCUCUGCAGCACUACAAGAACUACUCGCUGCUGACCGAGCUGGAGAGCAGUCAGUGCGACAACCCGAGGGACCCGAGGGAGCCUUACGCGCUGGGUUACACGGAGCUGCAGGAGACUCGCGUGGACAGCGUGCUCAGCCCCGAGCUCCCCGGCAGCCGCUACAGAGCCGCGGCCGAGAGGGACGCAAGUAUGGAGAACGGCUCGUCCGGUUUCUACGUGCAUUACCAGUCCACCAGCGGCAGCCUCGGGAACAUCUCCAGCGGGUCCUCGACCUGCUCCAGCCCGCCCGGCACGCCCGCGCCUUCAGGUAAAAGCGGGUCCCCGACGCACAGUGGCAAGAUGUCCUCCGGGAAGGCGAAGAAGCGCCUGGACAAGGACAGCGAAGAGUACAGGGUGAGGAGGGAGAGGAACAACCUCGCCGUGAGGAAGAGCAGGGACAAAGCCAAAGUGCGCAACAUGGAGACUCAGCACAAAGUGCUGGAACUGGCCGCGGAGAACGAUCGUUUACAAAAGCGCGUGGAGCAGCUGUCCAGAGAGCUGGCCACCCUGCGCAACCUGCUCUCCGCCACCGGACAGUGUUAAGAAAGUGCGUGUCCGACCAUCCGCGGACUUCAGGGGGGGGGUGCGGGGGGGACACUAGUGUGGACAAACGGACACGCUUUCACGGGAGAAGACAGCGGCCACCGGUUUACAGGGACAGUUUCAAUGGGACCGAAGGAGUGGCUGCAUGGAUUGCGCAAUCAUUCACGAUUCUUCACAUUGUCACCGUGGCUUUAUUCUCAGAUGUAAUUUCGUGAUGCAGUAUUUCGGUGCAUAUUUUACGGACAUGCGAGUGAAUUUCUACAUUUGGUGUAUCUGGAGCAAUGGUUGUUUAAGGGAAGAGUUCUGCUGCAGUGAAAUGAUGCAACUCUUUGUAACAGUGCUUGCAAUGAAUGAAAUAAGUCAAAUUAUUUAAUAUUAAAUGGUUAAAUGCUUUAAAUGUACUUGAUAUUUUAUGGAAUUAAACAGAUUUAUACUUUGUCUAAACAUU